AAUGACUUUACCCCUCCAUGAGAUACGAGACACUGUCGUUAUCGCAAUGCGAUGCGAUGCAAAGUGGAGACCGGCAGCCCUCCCGUCCCCCGCAGCUGUUAUCGUCGAUCUACACCAGUGGACCGACCCCUCUGUAUACAUCGGCUGUUCUCCCGGUGGGCAAACUGGCAUUAAUAAAGGCUGAAAGACAUGAACAUGUGCUACUCAGCAACAAGCAUUUACAUUCACAUCAAUCAUGUCUACAUCAACACUCAUGAGCAUGCGCUCUGCGCGGCUCUCCAUCCGACCAUUGCUCCAGACUCGUGGCAAGGCUACAGCACCUUUCCGCCUCCCAGAUCCUCGAAAUGAGCCUAACCCCCUGUACAAGCGCGGCUCUGAAGAACGCGCCAAGCUCGAGCAAGCCCUAAGCAAGCUCCGCACCCAACUCCCCGUGCAAAGCAACAUCUACUAUGACGGCAAAGCCCAGUCCAGCACACAAACCUGGGACCAGCCUCUACCCGCGGAGCACGGAAGCAUUUUCACCAACUAUCCUCUUGCGACCAAAGAACAGACCUCCGAGGCAAUCGAGGCAGCCCUACAGGCCAAACAGGCAUGGCAAGACACACCCUUUGUUGACCGGGCUGCGAUCUUCCUCAAGGCCGCUGAGUUGGUGACGGGCAAGUACCGUCACGAGCUUAUUGCAGCCACUAUGCUCGGCCAGGGCAAGAAUAUCUGGCAGGGCGAAAUUGAUGCCGCUGCUGAGCUGGCUGAUUUCUUCCGGCUGAACUGCAACUUUGUCGCGGAGAUCCUAGAGAAGCAGCCUACUCGGGGAAGUGAUGGGAUGUGGAGCCGUCUCGACUACCGUCCUCUUGAGGGCUUUGUCUACGCCAUUUCUCCCUUCAACUUCACCGCAAUUGGCGGCAACCUCAUCUCUGGUCCCGCUCUUCUCGGCAACGUCGUCCUCUGGAAGCCCUCCCCUUCGAACGUCUACGCCAGCAGCAUCAUCUACAAGAUCCUCCUCGAAGCUGGCCUUCCCCCGAACGUGAUCCAGUUCGUCACCGGCGACCCACAAGUGAUCAACGCCGUAGUCUUCUCCCACCGCGAGUUCGCAGGGCUGAACUUUAUUGGCUCCUCUGACGUCUUUCGCUCUCUGUACGGCCAAAUCGGUGAGGGUGUCGCAAACAAGAGAUACCGCGAGUUCCCGCGCAUCGUCGCUGAAACGAGUGGAAAGAACUUCCACCUCCUCCACCCCUCCGCCGACGUCCCCAGCGCAGUAAACCACACCAUUCGCGGGGCAUUCGAGUACCAAGGCCAAAAGUGCUCUGCAACAUCCCGAGUCUACGUCCCCGAAUCCCGGGCGGAGGAGUUCCUCUCCGCUCUCAAAGCCGGUGUCAACAACAUCACAAUUGGCAACCCGGACGGCGACCUCGAAGCCUUCAUGGGCCCGGUAAUCCACCGCGCCUCAUUCGAGAAGAUCAAGUCUGUCAUUGACAAGACGAACAAAGACCCCUCCGCGAAGCUCCUGGUCGGAGGCACAUACGACGACUCAGUCGGCUUCUACGUCAACCCAACAGUCUACCAAGUAGACUCACCCGACCACGCACUCUUCAACGAGGAAAUCUUUGGUCCCGUCCUCGCAGUACACGUCUACCCAGACUCCGAGUGGUCUGCGACCCUGAAGAAGGUCGACCAGGGCGGCGGUGGCUUUGCGCUCACCGGUGCCGUCUUUGCCUCUGACAGAGUUGCGAUCCGCGAGGCGGAGGAUGCGCUGCGGUACUCAGCUGGAAACUUUUACAUCAACUGCAAGACGACGGCGGCGCUUAUUGGGCAGCAGUCGUUUGGAGGUGCGAGGGCUAGCGGGACUAACGACAAGGCUGGGAGCGCGGAUUCAUUGAGGAGGUUUACAAGCCCGAGGUUGAUCAAGGAGGAGUUCUUCCCGCAGGACGGGUUCUUGUAUCCGAGUAACCAUCAGUAGAUGAUGGAUGAGUGUUUUUGUAUAAUGUUGCCAUAAAUUGAAUAAGAGUUUUCCGGG